UCAACUAAUACAUUCGUAAGUGCGAUUAACAAAAAACCCGAAAUUAGAGACGAAAUACUGGCACAUAAAAUAUUCACGAGGGAGGAGGAGGGGGUCGUUGUGAGUGAAAGGAAAGCACGCAAAUAAGAAAAUUACACCCAAGACGCCAUUUCCUACCGGCUAGACAAAACAGUCGUCCUUCAUUAUCAGAAGCACAUUCCAACUCGAGCGUUAACUACUGAUCCAGAAUUACACGAAGGAAAAGGCGAUAUUUGCUAGGAUCCGCUCUUUAAGAAAAUAACAAUAAUCCAAACUGUUCAUUGUUUACGAUGAAAAUAAAAAUCGGUCGUGACUAUGAAAUCGCGGAGCCCAAAACUAAAUUUCCAGAUGAAUCAACAAAAUUGCAAGACGUCCAGAGAAGAGCUCGCCUCUACCUUGGCCUGUGUAUCAUUCUGGCGCUCCUUUCACUAAUACUGUUGCUCGGAAUCUGCAUUCUCGGUACCGCACGGCAGUCUAGGUGCAACGACGUGGAGGAGAAGAGGUGCACUCCGCAGGAAUGCAGACCGUUCUGUCCAGACCAGGCCCUUCCUUGCACAAACUGUGAUGCUGGGUGGCAUGGGUUUGAGGGCAGCUGUUUUUACCUGUCGAAUGACCUGCAUACCUGGCGUGAGAGCAGAGAUCAGUGCAAGAAAAUGGCUGGGGACCUGGCUGUCAUAAAAAAUCAAAGACUUCAGGAUUUUCUGGUAAAGAAAGGGACGAUGAUGUACUGGAUUGGAGUGACCCAUGUUAAAUCUGGAAUGCCCUUCUGGGUCAAUGAUACAGUGGCAGAGAGCAACUUGGCCGGGAGCCAGAUUGAGAAAUGUGGAUUUCUGAUUGGAAGAAGUGACCCCAAUGACAAAUGGAAAACAACAAUAUGUUCACACAGUUCUGCCUACAUCUGUCAGAAAUGAGGGAUGGUUUUUCAUAAUUGCAUAAACUGCUACAAUUCACACGCAAUAUUUCAGAUGUUAGUCAAUAAUCAUGCUUAUUACAAUCAUAUUAAAUCAAACAAAACUUUCUGUACUGUUAUGCAGUAAUUCUAUGAUACAUUAUAUGCGUAGCCUCAUCAGAGCCUUAAAGAAAUGUCCAGGAAAGUGGAAUUUUGUUGUGCUUUUUAUUAUAUUCUGAAUGUUUUGCACUAAACAGUGAAAAAAUAUCAUGCAUAUUUUGCUUGUUAUAAAGAAUAUGUUUUCUUUAAAAUAAAUGUCUUGCUGAUGUACCUGGUGAAACUACAUUAACAAAAUGUUUGAGCUUAAUAAUACAAUCAUUUUUUUCAUAAAUAAAGUGACGGAGAAGAAA